AUGUUUGCUCGUCGUUCGAUAACCACAGCUUUCAGAAGCUUCGCUACCGCUGCUGCCCCAUCUUCAGCAAAUUCUGCCACCGUCAUUGCCUCGCGUGCUGGUGUCCCUCCCAAGUAUGUCCUGACCACUGGCCGCGCUUUCCCCUCCCUUGAGCCUCAGACUCUGAUCCCUGUUUCUUCUUCUAUUCUUGGAGAGCCUCUGCGGCGUGAUAUUCUGUGGCGUGCUGUUGUUUUUGAAGCCGAUGCUGCCCGUGUCGGUUCUUCUAACACUCGCUCGCGUGCCGAAAUGGGCUACUCUAACAAGAAGCUUCGUCCUCAAAAGGGUACCGGUCAGGCUCGUAUGGGUUCUCGUGGUUCUCCCACUCGCCAUGAUGGUGGCCGUGCUUUUGCCCGCCACGCUCCUUUUGACUGGUCUACUGGUCUCCCCCGUCAAAUUUAUGCUAAGGCUGUGCGUGUUGCGCUUUCCCACCUUUACUCUACUGGCCGUCUGCUUGUUCUUGACGACGCUGUUGAAGCUGAGUUUGUUACUGAACACCCCACCGCCGGUGAUCUUUUUGUCAAGACUCACAACAUUGGCCAAAGCACCAACUUGCUUGUAAUUCCUGAUGAAUUCCGAUGGAACUUCCACAAUGCUACAAAGGAAAAGCAUGGUAAGCGCGUUGAGAUUGUGGCCAGAGAAGCUCUUGAAGUCCGCGAUCUGCUUAAGGCCCACACUGUCAUUAUUGAGAAGAAGGCUCUUGAGUACCUUUCCGAGCUCUACCAGCCUGAGAAGCCUAUCCCUACUGUUUGCUAA